CUCGUGGGCGCCACCCGCUCCUCCGCUGCAACCAUGGGCGCCGUGGCGGACGCCUUCAAGCUCCUCUUCGCGUGCGCCGGCAUCUUCGCCAGCUUCUCCUACUUUGCCGUCCUGCAGGAGGACGUCUACAAGAAGGAGUACGGCGGCUCGGACAAGGUCAAGGGCGAGAAGUUUGCCUUCACCUUCCUCGCGCUGACGGCCGAGCGCGGCAUCAACGCCGCCAUCGCGCUGCUGGGGAUGGCGGUGCUCGGCGGCUCGGGCAUCAAGAUCCCGCACAAGGAGAUCUUCAACUCGGGCAUCUCGCAGAUGCUCGCGAUGGCCGCCUCGAACGAGGCGCUGCGGUACGUCUCCUUUCCGACGCAGGUGCUGGGCAAGUCGUGCAAGAUGGUGCCGGUGAUGGCGGGCGGCAUCCUGCUGGGCGGCAAGUCGUACGACCUCGUCAAGUACCUGCAGGUCGCGCUCAUCACGCUCGGCGUCACCGUCUUCAACUUUGGAGGCAAGAAGAAGGGCGGCGGCGAGGACUCGGCGUACGGCCUGUGGCUCAUCGCGGCGUCGCUGGUGAUGGACGCGGUGACGGGCGGGCUGCAGGACAGGGUCAAGGCGUCGACCAAGGCGCUCAACCCCUCCGACCCCAAGGCCAAGCCCACCAUGCACGAGUCCAUGUUUUGGACAAACGCGUCGGGCUGCUUGGUUGCCGCGGCGCUCGGCCUAGCGACAGGCCACCUGACGGAGGGGUUCGCCUUCUGCAGCCGGCACCCGGAGGUGCUGCAGGCGGUGCUCAUCUACUCGCUCGCCUCCGCCGUCGGCCAGAACUUCAUCUACUACACCAUCACGCAGUUCGGGCCGCUGCUGCUGUCCACGGUCACGACGACGCGCAAGAUCUUCUCGACCGUCUACUCGGUGCUGCGCAAUCCGUCCAACUCGCUCGACGAGAUGCAGUGGGCCGGCUGCACCCUCGUCUUCGUGGGUCUUGCCGUCGAGCUGCUCGAGAAGGCGCUCCCCUCCAAGAAGCCGGCCAAGGACCCGAAGAAGCUCUGAGACGGCGGAAAGAGGCGGCCUCGGGAGAGGAGGGCGCCGGUCGCGCCCGCUCGCUCUGCCCGCCACCGCUUCGCGCAACGCCAGACCUCGCUCAGAACCGCAUGCCCGCUGCCUCCUCACACCCGGCCUCUCGAGACAUCCGGCGAGGCUGCACAUGCGCGCCGCCUCCUUCCGAUGGCCUUAACGGUCGAGUGUGUGCAAGUAUUAGUGGUCCGCAGAGUGGGCCGCCCUCGGAUUCUUUAAGUUUUCGGUACGAACACGAACAGGGACGGACGCGCGGGACGGGGACGGUGCACAAUAUAUAUCUUGUAUAUGUAUGAAAG